UUGUAUGUCUUCUCCACACAACCAUAGUGCAUGAGAGCUCUCACACGCACUUAUACCAAAAUAUUCGAGAUGUUUGCCGAGCUCUUAGCCUCAUUUCUCUUCCUAAUCUUCUCAUUGCUCUUCACCAGCAACAAGAACAACUCGUUGGCCCGGAAAUCCGGAGAACCUAAUGGAAGUUCGGGUUCCAGUCUACUCCCGAGAUCGUACCCGAUUAUCGGCUCCUACUUCGCCAUAUAUGCUAACCGAGAGCGGCGGGUCCAGUGGCUAUCCGACAUGAUCCAAAGCUCCCCGUCAGCCACUUUCGUCCUCCACCGCUUCCUUGGCCAGCGGCAGGUAUUCACGGCCGACCCCGACAACGUCCACCACAUCCUCAAGACCCACUUCCACAUCUACCCCAAGGGCGAGCUCCUCAGGCGGAGCCUCCACGACUUCCUCGGGGACGGCAUCUUCAAUGUGAACGGAGACACGUGGAAGAUCCAGAGGCAGAUCUCCAGCCACGAGUUCAACCGCAAGUCCCUAAGGAAGUUUGUCAAGACCGUAGUCGAAACGGAGCUCUCCGACCGGCUCGUCCCCAUAAUGGCUACCGCUGCAGGUAACAAGACCGUCCUUGAUUUGCAGGACAUCCUCCAGAGGUUCACGUUCGACAACAUCUGUAAGAUUGCAUUCGGGUAUGACCCUGCCUACUUGUUGCCAUCCCUCCCACAAGGGAAGUUCGCGGACGCGUUCGAGGAGGCAGUCCUAAUAAGCAGUGGGAGACUCAACUCGAUCCUCCCGAUAGUCUGGAAGCUUAAGAGGCUUCUCGGAGUGGGGUCAGAGAAGCGGCUCAAGGUGGCAGUCUCACGUGUACGAGAUUUUGCGAGGGAUCUCAUCCGCGAAAAGAAGCGGCUCAUCGUGAGACAGUCGAGCGAUGAUCAGGUUGAGGUGGACAUCCUGUCGAGGUUUCUGAUGUCGGGUCACUCGGACGAGAACUUUGUCAUAGACAUAGUCAUUAGUUUCAUACACGCAGGGCGGGACACGACCUCGGCCGCCCUAACGUGGUUCUUCUGGCUGAUCUCUCAAAACCCAGAUGCGGAACGUGAGAUUCUCAAUGAAAUACGCGAGAAGUCAGGUUCAGGCACAGCUGUUCUCGAUGAGAUGAGAGACAUGGUAUACACGCAUGCCGCCCUAUGCGAGAGUAUGCGGCUCUACCCGCCGGUGCCGGUGGACACAAAAGAAGCCCUGGUGGACGAUUUUCUGCCUGAUGGGACGUUAGUGAAGAAGGGCACGAGAGUCGUGUACCAUCCCUACGCGAUGGGGAGAUUGCCUGAGCUCUGGGGCCCGGACUGGGCUGAGUUCAGGCCUGAAAGGUGGCUGGAGAAGGAUGCCGACAUUCCUGGAAAGUGGAACUUCGUCGGGAGAGAUCAUUAUUUAUAUCCUGUGUUCCAAGCGGGGCCCAGGAUCUGUCUGGGGAAGGAGAUGGCGUUCCUCCAGAUGAAAAGGGUGGUCGCCGGAGUCCUGGAGCGGUUCAAUGUUGUGCCAGCGCUGGAUCAAGGCCGUAAGCCGGAGUAUUUCGCAGACUUGACAUCGAAAAUGAAAGGAGGGUUCCCCGUGAGAAUUGAACAUAGGAUGGGUAGCAAGUGAAAUGCUAAUUAACUCGCUCUCGAUUUGCUAAUUAGCAAUGCUACUAGUUAAUUAGCUCGAUGUUGUUUCAUCAUCUUAAUGAGAUGAUGGACAAAACACAAUUAGAAUGCAAGAAUUAAAAGAUAAGUUGUUGGUUAUUUGCAUUUUCCAUCCCCACUCGCCCUUUGCAAAUAAUGGCAGUUUUGUAUUCCUGUUUCCUUAGAACGUGAAAAGGUUAGCUUAUCAUA